AUGGGUCGCGUUAUUCGUGCUCAAAGAAAAGGUGCUGGAAGCGUCUUCAAGGCCCACACUGUCGGUCGUAAGGGUGCUGCCCAAUUCCGUGUCCAGGAUUACUCUGAACGUCACGGCUACAUCCGUGGUCUUGUCAAGGAAAUUGUUCACGAUCCCGGACGUG